AUGCCCCACGCCUUAGCUCCCGUAGUCGAAACCGAGAAUGACGCACACGAGCUUGAGCUCGGGGCAGAACCGGCGGAGGCGCAGGCUCUUUGCAACGACAGAGAGAAUGGCGGAGGGGAGGCGGAAGGCGCGGGCGGAAGCGGGAAUGGCGGAGGAUGGGGGGAGCGGAGAGCGCAGCUGCUGCAGCUCGGAGCGGCGAGCUGGGACAGGCUGGUGCCGCGGCGAGUGCGGAGAAUAUUCGGGCAGGGGAUCAUGCCGCGCGCGUGGGGGUCGCAAGGGCCGAUAUUCGGGCUCGUGGACCGGCAAACCACGCCAGCAUCAGCAUGGGAGUGGCUAGUGGACACGUGGAAGUCUCGGCGCGUGGGGCAGCUGGAUUUUCUCCGCCACCCGCUGGUGCGGCCGGUGGUGCAGCUGCCGACCGAGGCGUUCGUGGGGCUGCUGUUCUGGACGAGCCUCAUGGCGUUCGUGCGCAGCGUGUACUGGUUCAUGCUCGCCGCGCAGGGCCUCACCUCGCACAUCCUGCUCCUCGGCUAUCUGCUCGUCCCAGGUCUCGUGCUAGGUCACGAGUUUCUACACCAGCUGCUCUCCACCAAUCCCGUGCUCCGAGCGCUCCUCGUCUUAGGCGGCGUGGUCGGCGUGGGCGGCAGCAGGGAGGGCGUCGAAACCACUAUAUGGGGGGUUGCUCUUAGCGGAGCAGGAGUUGCCAUGGUAGGGUUAUACAUAGGGGAGGGUCUAUGGCUCGCCCCCCCUGCGCGCAGGCGGAGGGUCGGGUUCGGGCUCGCGGGGGGGCUGCUGCUGCUGCAGGCGCUGCAGUUGGCGUUCGGCGGGCGCAACCCGCUGCUUGCGCGAUGGUGGGGGCUGCUGCUGCUGGCGGUGCUCCCCGGCGCGUGGGUCGCUGCGCUUCUGCUGUAUGAAGAGUUGCGGGACUGGGAAGGGGAGGAGGAGGCGGAGCAGGGGCGGUUGAUCGGCGGGAGCGGAAGCGCGGAGGGCGCGCAGGGGUACUGGCCGGCUGGGCGCGGUGGGCAGAGGUUGGAAGGGACUGUGUUGAGUGAGGAUGACUGGAGUGUGGAGUCGGAGGGAGGGUGGCGGGCGGCAGAGGAGGCGGGAUUGAAGCAGUGGGAUUGUGUGAAGGGUGAUUCUAACGUGCUGGAUGAGGGAGGUGUUGAGAGCGGUGAGCGGUGCAUGGAGAUGGAUGGAAACGGUCAGGAAAGGGCGGAAUUGAGGGCAGCAAAUGCAAGUUUCGUAGCAGUUACGGUUGACGGGGCCCAAGAAGAGAUGCAGCAGCAGCAGCAGCAGCAGCAUAUGGGACAGCAACAACGGGAGGUCAUUCCAGCAGCAGUAAAAGCCCAAGCUGCCGAACCUGCUGCUACCCGCCCGUUUAGCACAGGCUCGGGAUGCCUAGGAACGUCCUCCGAGCCUAACAGCCAGGGUUGGGGGGGCAGCGUGGACGAAUCACACGACGCCUCGUCAUCGGCCUAUGACAGAUCACGCACUGUGUCUGCCUCGGCAGCAGCAGGUGCGGGAGGGAAUGCAGCCACAGGACCCGUGUGGGUGGCUGAUAUGCUGGGCGGAUUUAUGGAGGAAGAGGAGGAGGUGGAGAACGGUGGGGAGGGGGGGACUGUAGUGAUGAGUGAAAGUGACUGUGACAGUAACGCUGGGCCGAGUAGGGAGGGGUGUGGAUGCCGUGUCACACAAGGGUGUGAGUGCGUAAGAGUGAUAGGGGAGGAGGGGACGCUUGGGGGUGAAUGCAAGUCCGAGGUAGAGGAAGGGGGAGGAACAGUGGAAAGAGCGGCUGUAAGAGAAGGGGAGGGGAGGGAGUCUACAGGAUUUGGAAGUGAGUUGGGAGCUGAGGUGCAGGGGAAUGUGGAUUCGGGUCCGCAGGAAGCAGGGCGUGAAUCGACAGAGGGGGUGGAAGGGCAGGGGCCAGAGCAGCAAGAUGGGUGCUGCAACGACGGUUUGCCCAAAUGUAACGAGGGUUCGCUCGAAGGCAAUGAGGGUUACCCUGAGUGGCGGGAGCCUGCGCGUGGAGUGCUGGGGUACUUUGGCCUCGAGAUUGGCUCUGUGGAGACGUCUGAAGGGAAGCUUAAAGCUGAGUGGCGCAGCAGCCGGCAGUGGGAGAUGACUGUGGAGCUUAGCGAGUGCGACAGUAUGGGGUACGGGGCGGAGGGCCGGGCGGAGGGGUAUGGGGCAGGGAGCGCAGGAGGAGGAGAAAGGGGAGGAGGAGGAAGGGGAGAGGGAGGGGGAGGGGGAGGUGAAAGGGGGAUGGAGGCGGGAGAUGGAGCAGGAGGAGGUUGUGAAGGGUUGAGUGUGGUUCGGGUGCGCAGCAGAGAACGCAAGUGCUACAGCACGUGCCCGGGCCUGCCUCAUGCCACUCAGAGUGAGGGAUGGAAGGCAGCAGCAGUACUGCCAUGGGAGGGUCCGUGGGACAGACUAGGCAGUUUGGACAGAGCAGCUAUGGCGCGAGCAACAAUGGCUACAGCAGCAGAUGACGAAAUGCUCCCUUUCCGGCAGAAACGCGCUCAUUGGACGAAGCACGGGUGCCUGCGCACGUGUCAAGCCGCCAUUGGCCACGGCAGCCUCAUGUUCCUCUGCCAUUGGCUGCUCUCCUCGCCCUACUUAAUUCCUAGAUGGCUCUCUGCUCCCCCUGCCUGGGGUUUCAUCUCUGUAGUGUCACUCGCUUUAGGUAUAGUGCUCGCUGCAGAGGUUCUCCGUAUGCAUAUUCCUAAGCGCGUGCAUGCUAUAGCGGCGCUGGCUCUUGCUGUUUCUGGCUGCAUCUGGUUGCUUCUCUCCGGGCCGUUCCAUCCCAUACCUGCGCUUCAGGCUCGGCACGAGCCUGGGUCACGGUUCUGGCUGUCGUUUUCCCAAGCCAGCGGGUAUGUGUCAGACGAGACUCAGGAUCUGGUAUACCUUUCUGGGCCUGUUACCGGACCUGUUGCUGGACCUGUUGCCGGACCUGUUGCCGUACCUGCUGCUGCUGCCUCGGCAUCGCAAUCCCAUGCACCCACACCCACCACCAUUGCCUUUGGUCCUCUCUUUUUGCCUCCUCCCCUCCAACUCCUCUCACUUUCUUCCUCCGCCUGCCCCUCCUCCCCCUCCUUCCUGACUCUCAUUUGCCUCCUCCUAAUCCUCCCUCUCCCUCACCUCCUCUUCGCUCUGUUUCCCCCUCUUGUUCCCCCUCGCAUUCCCCCUCCCUUUUCCCCCCGGAACUCCCCACCACAACAGGCGCUAUUAGCUCUUCUCCUGAUUGUCCUCCUCCUCCUCCCCUUCCCCCUCCUCGUUCAAUACGCCUACGCCCCUUCCUCCUCCCCAACCUUCGUCAGCAGCUUCGGCAGCAGCAGCAGCAGCAGCAGCAGCCCCGGCAGUUCUGCCAGUGCCGAGCCUGGCUUGGAGGCUUGGGUGCAGCUUCGGGUGCUCAACUUCAAUGUGCAGCAGGGAUUCAGCCGUGCAGGUUCAGUGAACAUGGACGCAGUUGAACACGUCAUAUGGCAGCAGAAGCCGGACAUUGUAUUGCUGCAGGAGUCGGACACAAUGCACAUGAUCCAUGGCAAUGUUGACAUGGUGCAGUACCUGGCAACAUGGCUGGGCAUGCACGCGUGGUCCUCCCCUCCCGCCCGCCACCAGUCCUGGGGCUGCGCCAUCCUCUCGCGCUUCCCCCUCCUCUCCGCCUCGCCCUCCCAGUCCCUCCCCUCCCCCCACGGCGAGCUCGCCUGCUUCCAGCACGCAGUUAUUCUCCUAGGCGCUGGUAACAUGCUUCCCGGAGGCGGUAACAUGGUUACCAAUAGGGGCGCCGCUGGGUGGGGUAACCAGACGAGUGGGGUCGUGUCUGGUUACCCUGUUCACAUCAUGAACGCGCAUUUCAGCGAUCUUGAGGUGGAUAUUCGGCUGGAGGCUGAGCGGGCGGCGUCCCUUGUCCGUAGCGUGCUGCAGGUGGGAAAGGGGGGGGAGGAGGGUGCGGGAGGGGCGGGUGAGAGGGAGGGUAAAGCGGAGAGAGAGGAGAGGAGGACUCAAGAAGAGGGGUUGCAAGGGAGAAUGGGAACAGCAGGUGAACUGUCAGGUGGAUUGUCAGGUGAACUCCCAGGGGAACCGUCAGGCGGGGCUUUGGAGAAUCCUGAUUUGGAGGAAGAAGGUGAGGCAGCAGGGGCAGCAAGAGCAGGGGCAGAGAAAUCAGGGAGAGCUGAAUCAGCAUCAGCAUCAGUGGCAGGAUUGGCUGAAGGAGAGGCAUUGGCGGAUAGAAAUGCAGCAGUAGGGCCAGAUGGUGCAUCAGAAGCAGAGGAAGCACCAGGUUCAGUGGCUGCACCAACGUCACAAGCAGUUUCAGCAUCACAAGAAGAAUCGGGCUCACAAGCAGCAUCAGCAUCACAAGCAUCACACGCAGCAUCAGCCGCAACAACCGCCACCAAUCACCCUCUCGCUUCAUCCCUCCCCUCCACUCCCACUCCCCCACCAACGCCCUCCCCUUCUCACUCCCUCACCCCCACCGCCCUCAUUUUUGGAGGAGACUUCAAUCUUCCCCCGCUCUCCCCGCCCUACCUCACCCUCCUCUCCCCUGGACUGGUCGACACUCAGGCUGAGAGGAUGGGCGCGUGGAAGAGCAUGGGGGACCGGGACCCGGGGGCGGGGUAUGUGUUUGUGUCGCGGGGGAACGUGGAGUGUGAGGCGUGGGCAGAGCCGAGGUAUGAUCAGAGAAAGACGUCUGAUGGGUACCCUGUGGUGGUGGAUGUGCGGGUCACUCUCCCUGCUGCUGCUGUGUGA